AUAUAUUAAUCUGUGGUUGUUAAAAAGGUGACGAAAUGAAUUCCUAAUUUAUUUUACGCUCUGCACCUUUUUAUUUAAAUUUCAUUUCAGAAACAAAAUUAGCAAAAAAAUUCCAAAAAUUGUAUACAAAGGAAACUAUGAUGAAUUUUUUUAGUAAAGCUCCAACCGUGAAGGAAAUUCAAAGGCAAAAUGACCGUGACCUACGAAAGGCUGGUCGCGACCUGGAAAGAGAUAAAGCUAACCUGGAAAGGGAAGAAAAGAAAUUAGAAAUGGAAAUAAAGAAAAUGGCUAAAGAAGGUAACAAUGAUGGUUGCAAAAUAUUAGCCAAACAAUUAGUUCAAUUAAGAAAACAGAAAAACAGAAUUUAUGCUGCAAAUAGCAAGAUAUCAAGUGUACAGAUCCACAAUAAAGCUAUGGGCGCAAAUAUUGCUAUUGCAGGAGCAAUGGGCACUACAGCUAAAACGAUGGGCAACAUAAAUAAGGUCAUGAAUCCACAUCAAAUUGCAAAGGAUAUGGAGGCAUUCAAACAGGCAAAUGCCAAAAUGGAUAUGACAGAUGAAAUGAUUUCAGACACACUAGAUGAUAUCAUGGACGAAUCUGGUGAUGAGGAAGAAUCUGCUGGAAUUGUCAACCAGGUGCUGGAUGAGAUCGGUAUAGAAAUCAGCGGGAAGAUGGCAGACGCUCCUUCAGUUUCCCGGAACAAAAUCGGACAAUCAACUACAGACGCCGACAAAGAUAUAAUGGCACAACUCGCUAAACUGAAAUCCACAUAGCAUAGCAAUGUAUUUCAACUUUAAAUUAGUCUACUGUAAAGUUCACGCAUUGUCGCUUAGUCACGUUUGCCUUUCAAGCGUCGAUAUGUACUGUGAGACCGCACGGGAAGGCACUAAAAUUCCAUCUAUAUCUUGAACGAAGCAAUUAUGCGUUCCGCCUUAAAAGGUCAGAUGGCCGUAUAAUAUAUUCCUUAUCAAAUCUAUUUGAGAUUAGCUUCUCGUCUAACGGUGGGUAGUAGCAUUCGCGUUGCGAUGUGGAUGCGCUCCGGGUCAUUGACAUCUAGUGAGACUAAAAUAAGCAUUUUGUCGAAUAUCUAAGCAACAAAAAAAUCUUCAACGUUGUUUUUUUUCUUAAUGAAUAAAGAGUAUUUGUAUUGUGUUUUUUUUAUUCGUUAUAAAAUUACUAAUAUUUAAAUUGCACAUAUAAGCUUAGUAAAGUAAAUUAAGUGCUUUUGUAUUUUAAUUUACAUUAAAGAAACACGUACGGAGCGGCGAAGGUAAAAUGUAGAAAAUUAUAAUUUCCCUGAUACGAUUCUCUUAAAUAUUACGAUACUAGAGUACAAAUGAUCUGACAGAAUUACGACGCCGACUGCGAGUUUUGUUUAUAAAAAAAACUAUAUUGAAUUUCCGUAUAAAUAAAACAUUUUUUUACAUACAAUGUUGAAUCUGUGAUGUAUCUUGUUUAUAUUAUAUUUAUUACACUGUG